UCUACUUUGUUGAUUUUUUUCUUUCUUAUUACAAGAUGGUUUUUUGGGAAGGUUAUUUGAGUGAUGAAACAAUGGGUAUAAUUUCUCCAGUAGUUGUCUUUUGGUUAUAUGCAGGAGUUCAUCACAUUUUACCUCCAUUAGAUCAUUAUCGUUUACAUACAAGAAAAGAGGCAGCAUCACAGAAUUUAGUUUCGAUUCCUACUGUGAUUAAAGGUGUUUUAUUGCAACAGUCUAUUGCAGCUACUGUGGCAUAUUUAUUGUUCUGGGUGAAUAACUCUAUGUUGAGGUCAUCUGAAGUAGUGGUUCAACCCUCUUUUUCAAUACAAAUAUUGCAGUUUAUUGUGAGCAUGUUGGUUUUGGAUGCAUGGCAGUAUUUUGGACACCGCUACAUGCACCAAAACAAAUUUCUCUAUAAACAUAUUCACUCUGUACAUCACAGGGUGGUCGUUCCUUAUGCAUUUGGGGCAGCUUACAACCACCCACUGGAGGGUCUUUUACUGGAUACAUUUGGCGGUGUGGCCUCCAUGUUGAUUUCAGGGAUGACAGCUCGAACAUCUGUGUUCUUCUAUUCUCUUUCUGUAAUCAAAGGUAUUGAUGAUCAUUCUGGGCUCUGGCUGCCUGAGUAUAACCCCUUACAACUUAUAUUCCCAUGCAACACUGCUUAUCAUGAUAUCCAUCAUUACGGGGUACGAGGUAUAAAGUACAAUUAUUCACAACCAUUUUUCACUUUUUGGGAUAAACUCUACGGGACACAGAUGCCUUAUACAGUUGUGAAACGACUCGAAGGAGGAUUCGAAGUAAGGCAACCAAAAGAAUGGAGAGUGCAACAAAAUAGCUGAUCCAGAGUGAAAUCAAAUUCGAAGAAGGUAAAAUUAGCAAGUUAUAAAAUAUUCUCAAAGUCGGUCACCGUGUCGUCAAAAAAUGCAAAUAUUCCAUUCAUUCCAUUUUAGACGAAGUUUUAGAGAUAUUUUCUUGUUUCAUAAUACUUUAAGGUUUUCAUAAUUUUUUUGUUAAACUUCCUACAACACUGUUAUUUUUCUUCUUGAACUUAUAUUUUUAAUUGUUAGUGUAAUAAUAUGAAUUAA